UGAUUAGGGGUCGCCACCGCAGAUCUUUCGUCUCCAUUGCUCUCUAUCUUUCGCAUCCUUCUCUCCCACACCUGCCACUUUCAUGUCCUCUCUCACCACAUCCAUGUAUCUCCUCUUCGGCCUUCCUCGUUUUCGUGUGCCUGGCAGCUCCAUCCUCAACAUUCUCCUUCCAACACAUCUCUUCUCAGGAUGUGCCCGUACCAUCUCAGUCUCAUCUCUCUUAGCUUCAUUCCCAAGCUCUCCACAUGUGCUGUCCCUCUGAUGUGCUCGUUCCUUAUCCUGUCCAACCUCCCAUCGCAAACCUUAACAUCCUCAACUCCGCCACCUCCGACUUUGCCUCCUGUCUCUUCGUUAAGCGUACGGUCUCCAAUCCGUACAUCACAGCUGCUCUCACUACUGUCUUAUACAUCUUACCUUUCACUUUUGCUGGGACUUUCCUAUCACAAAUGACUCCCGAAAUCCUUCUCCAACUGCUCCACCCUGCCUGCGCUCUCUUUCUCACCUCACUAUCGCAGCCCCCAUUUUCCUGCACGGUUGACCCCAGGUACUUGAAUUCACCAACAUUCUUUACGUCCGCUCCUUGCAUCUUCACUACACUCUCAUCCCCAUUCUCACUGACGCACAUGUAUUCUGUUCUGCUAAAUCAAGAGAGACUGUAAUUUUUAAAAUUUUCUUUUGAGUGGGAUUCCAUUAUGAACACGUCAAUUUUUUUUUGUCUUCCAUCACAAACUGAAGCGACUUCUUUCUUGCUUACACCCUGAUUGAUUAAUACUGAUAAUAUAUAAAAUUACACACUCUCACCAGCCAUUUUAUUAGGAGCACCCAUCCACCUGCUCUUUGAUGCAGUUCUCUAAUCAGCCGAUCCCUUGACAGCAGCACAAUCAUGCGAAUACAAAUCAAGAGCUUCAGUUAAUGUUCACUUCAGACAUCAGAAUGGGAAAAAUUGUGAUCUCAAAGUGUGAUUUUAUUGUUGCCAGAUGGACUGGUUUGAGUAUUUCAGAAACUGCUGGGGUUUUCACAUGCAACAGUCUGUAGAAGUUAUGCAGAAUGGUGCGAAAAACACUGAGUGAGCGACAGUUCUGUGGGUGGAAACAAACGCCUUGUUGAUAAGAGAGGUCAGAGGAAAAUGGACAGGUUGGAUCGAGCUGCCAGGAAGGAUAUAGUAACUCCAUAUCAUCACUCUUUGCAACCGUGUGUAUUUUGAAACGUACGGCUGUCAAAUGAACGUGAAUGACACAGAAAUCGCGUGGUCCAUUCUACAGAAAGGAGGCUACCAGAGGACAGCUGAGCUUUCAGAGGCGGACGUGGUGCUGCUCGUCACCUGCUCCAUAAGGGAAAAAGCAGAGCAGACCAUCUGGAACAGACUCAAACAGCUUGGAGUCCUCAAAAAGAAACGGCCUAAGGCUGAUGUCCCUCUGAAAAUAGGAGUAUUGGGCUGCAUGGCAGAACGACUGAAGACCGAGUUGUUAGAAAGAGAGAAGGCGGUGGACGUCAUAGCAGGACCCGACGCUUACAGAGACCUCCCGCGACUCCUGUCUCUUGCUCAUGGAGGACAGAGAGCCAGCAACGUCCUGCUUUCUCUGGAGGAGACCUACGCUGAUGUCAUGCCAGUCCAUCAUGCAGGACACAGCGCUUUUGUGUCCAUUAUGCGUGGCUGUGACAACAUGUGCAGCUACUGCAUCGUGCCCUUCACGCGUGGAAGAGAGCGGAGCAGACCCGUGUCCUCCAUACUGGAAGAAGUGCGCAGGCUGUCUGACCAGGGUGUGAAGGAGGUGACUCUGUUAGGGCAGAACGUGAACAGCUACAGGGACGUGUCGGAGACGCAGAUCAGCAGCUCAGGGGUGGAUUCAGGUCUCAGUCGGGGUUUCAGCACGGUGUAUCGAAAGAAGCAAGGAGGCCUACGUUUCGCUGACCUUCUGGACCGAGUCUCUCUGAUCGAUCCUGAUAUGAGGAUACGCUUCACCUCUCCACAUCCAAAAGACUUUCCAGAUGAGGUAUUACAGUUGAUCCAGGAGAGGAAUAAUAUCUGUAAGCAGAUCCACCUUCCAGCUCAGAGUGGCAGCAGUCGGGUUUUGCAAUCUAUGAGACGCGGCUAUACCCGGGAGGCGUACCUCAAGUUAGUGGAGAACAUUCGAAAGAUAAUCCCAGGGGUCAGUCUGAGCAGCGACUUCAUCACCGGUUUCUGUGGCGAGACGGAGGAGGACCACCAGCAGACCCUGUCUCUGCUCAGGGAGGUGGGCUACAAUAUAGGCUUCCUGUUUGCAUACAGCAUGAGGAAGAAAACACACGCAUACCACCGUCUCCAAGACGACAUCCCCGCCGAGGUGAAGCAGCGGCGUCUGGAGGAGCUCAUAUCCGUGUUCCGAGAGGAAGCCGCGAAACUGAACGCAGCUCUCAUCGGGAGCACGCAGCUCGUCCUAGUGGAGGGAGAGAGUAAACGAUCAUCUGAAGAUCUUUGCGGUCGGAACGAUGGCAACGUCAAAGUGACUUUCCCCAGAAAGGAUUUGCCCUCUGACCCUCCAGGCACUAAUACUGCCCCUGUACAAGUGGGAGACUAUGUACUGGUCAAGAUUACUUCGGCGAACUCCCAGAGCCUUCGAGGCCACGCCUUCAGCCACACCUCCCUUACUGAAUACAGGAAAUGAACUUGUGAGCAGUAUCAUAAUGAACAAGCUGUUGUAUAUUAAUAAGAGCUUUUCAAAUUAGAUUUUAUGACCCCCAUGUGGGUCAUUUGAUUUGAUUUUGAUUUGAUUUUACAAAUGGGGUUGUGAGAAAUUCUCUCUCUCUCUCUCUCUCUCUCUCUCUCUCUCUCGUUUUUGUUAAUUUAUUUGAGAAAUUAUUAUUAAAAAAUAUUGCUGUAACUGAAGACGU